AUGACAGACUCGAAUCAUAUCGACUCUUCCUUCACCGUCACUUCUGGUGCUCUUUGUUUCGGCACCUUGACCAACAUGCUCCAAGGUGCUCAAGCUCCCAUCCAAUCACCACCAACGCCUAGUCCUCGUCCAACAGGCACGGUCGUAGCUCAUCAAUUUGAGCACAACGUCCCAGCUAAGACUGGAACCUGGAACGUCUACAAACUUCGCGACAUAGACAGCCCGCGCGUGGACGGAUGGUUUGCGGCCCAUCAAGACGUCGAUCCUCUGCCAGAACUCACCAAGAUCCUGCGGGUGGCUGGUUCUCCAUACGAAGAGACCGAAAACACAUUCAACAGUGAUGCGACAAGAGCUGAAAAGGUUUUUCUCGUCAAUCGAUAUGAUUGGGGUUACUACGUCGGGGGGAACGGGGUAGAAGAGGUGGAAGACGAGGAGGACGAGCUUGCCGCUAGCAACACCGUUGGCCUUGUCGACUAUGCACACGGAAAUGCCCUCGUUCAGAAGUGGGCGCGACAAAAGUCCAGAAAGAGGAAGCCCUCUGAGAAUGGCGUCUGGAUGUAUAUCCCCGAUGCCGAGUACAUGUGGGGACGUUUCGGCUUCGACGACGAUUACACGGAGGCACGUUCGUUUUUGUACUUUACCCAACGAACCGACUUUAGCAAGACGGUAUUUCCGGGUCAGACAGAGCCGUUAAAGGAGAAUUAA